AUGUCCUUACAAAUCCCACAGAGAGCAAGACCAGGUAGUGCUGCUCAAGCAGCAACAAAGGCUGUUAUUCUGGUUGGUGGACCAUCCAGAGGAACCCGCUUUAGACCAUUGUCCUUGGAUCUUCCAAAGCCACUCUUCGAAGUCGCUGGUCAUCCCAUUGUUUGGCACUGUCUCACCGCCAUCGCAAAAGUCCCCUCCAUCGAAGAAGUAUGCAUGAUCGGUUACUACGACGAAUCCGUUUUCCGCGAUUUCAUCAAGGAUGCCGCACACGAAUUCCCUCAAAUUAAGAUCGUUUACCUUAGAGAAUACCAAGCGUUGGGAACUGCCGGAGGUCUAUACCAUUUCAGAGAUGCUAUCCUCAAGGGGCGACCAGAACGUUUCUUCGUUCUUAACGCAGAUGUCUGCUGUUCAUUCCCAUUGAAUGAUAUGCUUAAGUUGUUCGAAGAUAGAGAUGCUGAAGCUGUCAUUCUUGGUACCCGUGUCAGUGAAGAUGCUGCCAGCAACUUUGGUUGCAUCGUUUCCGAUUCGCACUCCCGCCGAGUUCUUCAUUAUGUUGAGAAGCCAGAAUCGCACAUCUCGAACUUGAUCAACUGCGGUGUUUAUCUCUUCGCAACCGAAUGCAUCUUCCCUUCCAUCAGAACUGCCAUCAAGCGCCGUACCGAUCGUCCACGUCUCGUUUCCUACCCAUCCUCCGAGAACCUCGAGUCCUCAUUCUUCCAAGAUGAUGAAGAUGUACAAAAGAAUGAAGUCCUUAGAUUGGAACAAGAUAUUCUGAGUGAUCUUGCCGACAGCAAACAAUUUUUCGUUUAUGAGACCAAGGAUUUCUGGAGACAAAUCAAAACCGCUGGCUCUGCUAUUCCAGCUAACGCCUUAUACCUCCAGAAGGCAUCGCAAACUGGUUCUAAGGAAUUGGCCAAACCAUCUGCCAAUAUCCUCGGACCAGUAUUCAUCCAUCCAACUGCACAUGUCGACCCAACCGCCAAACUUGGACCUAAUGUGUCAAUCGGUCCUCGUGCUGUUAUUGGCCCUGGUGUCAGAGUAAAGGAGUCUAUUGUCUUGGAAGAUGCUGAAAUUAAGCAUGACGCUUGUGUUCUGUACUCAAUUAUUGGAUGGAACAGUAGAGUUGGUGCUUGGGCUCGUGUUGAGGGAACUCCUACACCAGCUAAUAGCCAUACUACCAGCAUAAUCAAGAAUGGUGUCAAGGUUCAAAGUAUUACUAUCUUGGGUAAGGAGUGUGGUGUUGGUGAUGAAGUUCGUGUGCAGAACUGUGUCUGUUUGCCAUUCAAGGAGUUGAAGAGAGAUGUUUCCAACGAAGUCAUCAUGUAA